AUGCGACUAGCUGUUAGAGAGGAUAUAUUAUCGAGAUUUCUGGUGGAGAGGGAGAAAGAUCCAGAGAGGAUGAAUGAUAAGUACCUGAGGGAUAUAAUCUUGAGCUUUAUGAUCGCUGGGAAGGACACAACCGCUGCAUCUCUCUCUUGGUUCUUGUACAUGCUCUGCAAAAACCCACUUGUUCAGGAGAAAAUAGUACGAGAGAUCAGAGACGUGACGUCGAGUCAUGAGGAAACAACCGAUGUGAAGGGUUCCGUUGAGAGUAUAGAUGAAGAGGCUCUUGAUCAGAUGCAGUAUCUCCAUGCGGCCUUGUCUGAGACCUUGAGGCUUUACCCUGCUGUCCCUGUGGACACGAGGUGUGCAGAGAAUGAUGAUGUGCUUCCAGAUGGACAUAGAGUGAAGAGAGGGGAUAAUGUCUACUACAUAUCCUAUGCCAUUGGAACGAUGACUUAUAUUUGGGGACAACAGGCUGAGGAGUUCAAGCCAGAGAGAUGGCUUAAGGAUGGCGUGUUCCAACCAGAAUCACCUUUCAAAUUCAUAAGCUUUCAUGUUUGUAUACUCUCUCUCUCUCCCAGAUGUGGUUGUUAAGAGUGAAGACGUUCUCUUCUAAUACCUGAGAUGUUUUGUGUUCUUUGGCUGUAUAUGUAUAUAGGCUGGUCCAAGAAUCUGCCUUGGCAAAGAUUUUGCAUACCGCCAAAUGAAGAUAGUAUCAAUGGCACUUCUUCACUUCUUUCGCUUCAGAAUAGUCGAUGAGAAGAAUAAAAUUUCGAAUUCUAAGGUGGGAGAAAAAAAGUACGAGUUCUCUCCGGCGACAUAAUCAAAAUGGACGGCGGUGGCGACGGCGGGAAUGUUAAUCAACCGCCACUCAACCUGCAGCAUCAAAUCGUAGAAGAUCAAGGUAUAUAUAGUCCAAAAAUUACAUUGAUGUUCAUGCUCAGCAUCGUGAUAUAUACAAAGAAGAUUCAACAUGUAUAUUUGGAAAAAAAGUUUUGCAGGUGAUUCUACACAUAGGUGGCUACAGGCUUGGGAGAUGAAUCACAUUAUGCUCAACGCGGACUUAUUCCAAGUCAUAAAUCCUACGCUAAUUCCCGUAGAUGAACAAGGUCUUUACCCGGUCGAUAAUGAAUCAAUGAGGGACAACAACAGCUGGCUCCACUCAAGCCUACCGAGCAACGGAAUUAGGUUUCAUAUCAGACUGUCGAUUGGGUAUGCCAUUGACUUUGGGGAUUUCGUCUUUGCUGUGUACCGCAAAGGAGAUCUCCACAUCCCGAUGUA